AUGUCAAAAGAGAACGAACCACACGGACCAGUGCCAGCAACACCCUCUGCGUCUACAAUCACAUCACCUCCUCCUCGUCGGCCACCACCGCCUGCCGACCCGACCCGGCUGCCCGAAUUCGAAGUCAUCUUUCGUCACAAUGAUCCCGAUGACCCCAAGAACUGGCCAGUGUGGUACCGUACGUGGGUCGUCGCGACCGUCGCCUUUUCCGCCUGGGUCGUGGUCCUCUUCAGCACCAGCUACACCGGCGCGCUGCCGGGCCUCAUGGCCGAGUUUGGCGUGAGUAAGACGUACGCAACCAUGGGCAUGACGACGUACCUUUUGGGUCUCGCCGUCGGCAGCCUCUUCGUGGCGCCGAUGAGCGAGCUCUUUGGGCGCAGGAUCGUCUACCUCGUAUGUCUCGCCGUCUGGGCCGUUUUUGUCAUCCCAUGCGGUGUAGCGGACUGCUUGACGACUAUCCUCGCCAACCGCUUCGUCGGUGCCCUGUUUGGUGCCGCUCUCAUCUCAAAUGGCCCAGGUACCGUGGUCGACGUGUCGAAACCCGAAUAUCUCGCCAUGGGCAUGUCGCUGUUCAGCCUCGGCCCAUUCAACGGUCCUGUGCUGGGUCCGCUCAUCGGCGGCUUCGUAUACCAGUAUCGAGGCUGGCGGUGGACGAACUGGAUCGUGCUCGUGCUGGCUGGAGUUGCCUUUUCCAUGAUGAUGACUGUCAGAGAAACAUAUGCGCCCCGCAUCUUGAGAAAGCGAACCGAAAAGUUGCACAAAGAGACUGGUGAUCUCCGUUGGUGGUGCCAGUACGACAGAACCAUUUCUUCGUGGCAGCUGGUUGCCACCAAUCUCAAGCGUCCGAUAGUGCUCUUCUUCACUGAACCAAUCGUGUGGUUUAUUAAUGUCUGGAAUGCGCUCAUUUACGGCAUUUUGUAUCUAUGCUUUGUCGCUUAUCCAGUCGUCUUUGCCCAGCACCGCGGCUGGAGUCCGGGCUUCGCUGGCAUGUCAUAUCUCGGCAUCGGCACGGGCAUUGUCCUCGCCAUCGCUGUCGAACCGCUUGUCCGACGCAUCAUCAAUUCGCGGCCACGUGACCCCGCCACCGGAAAGCCACUGCCAGAGGCAGCCGCGCUCAUCAUGGUUGUCGGCUCGCUGCUCACAGUCAUUGGGCAGAUGGGCUUUGCGCGGACCUGCCUACCGACGAGCAUCCCCUGGAUCGUGCCGGUGCUGUUUGGCGUGCCGUUUGGCUUCGGCAAUACGCUCAGCUUCAUCUACUCGUCCAACUACCUGGCCGGCGCCUACGGCAUCUACGCCGCGAGCGCGCUCGCCAGCAACGCCGUCAUCCGCAGCAUCUUUGGCGCGACGCUGCCGCUGGCGGGCUCCAAAAUGUACGAGACCCUCUCGCCGCAGUGGGCGGGCACGCUGUGCGGCCUGCUCGCCGUGGCCAUGAUCCCCGUGCCGUUUGUCUUUUGGCGCUACGGGGCCGUGAUUCGGGGCAAGAGCCGCACCAUUCGGCAGCUGCGGGAGCAGCACGAGGCCAUGGAGACCAAGCGGGCCGAGAACGAGGCGAAGCGAGGCGACUACUCGAGCAGCGACGGACAGCUGGCUCUGGACAAUGGUCGCUCUACCGGUACGCCCCUGUCUCAGGUCAAGAUGACAAAAUUUGAGAAGUGCGAGAGGUAA